AUGGCCUUGAUUGCAUUUCUAUUAUCAGCCAUCAUAUUUUUAGGAUGUAGUACAACUUAUCAUCAUUUUUACUGUCUCUCGGAAAAUGUGAACAAAGUACUCAUUAGAUUAGAUUAUGCUGGCAUAUGUUUUCUUGUUUCAGGUUCGACAUUUGCUCCAUUAUUUAUGGAUUCUAAUGCAAUCUAACAUAUGCAAUCAUAUAUGCCAGUUUAUAAGGCUUUUUUGGCAUCAUUCUCUUUAGCUUUUGUCUGUUUGAUUUCUUCUAUACUACAGAAUGGAGAUCCUUAAAAAACAAAUUAUUUGCAGGACUUGGAUUUACGAGUGCCAUUCCACUCAUUCAUUUUGCAAUCGUUAUUAAUCAUAAUUGCCUUAUUAUGCUGCUAUGGCCAUCUCAUAUUUGUAUUGAAAAGAUUUCCUGAAAAGAAAAAUCCAGGGAAAUUCGAUAAUUGUGGAUAGAGUCAUCAAAUUUGGCAUAUUAGCGUAGUGAUUGCAAUCUUAUUCACUUAUGUUGGGUCAUUGAAUGCCUAUUAUCAGAGAUUAGAUAUGCCUUGUAAAGCAUGA